AUGUCCAACUCUACCGAGUUUGAGACCUUCCAAGCCAACGGGUGCGUGCCCGAUGUCGAAAAGAACCAUAUGGAGGCCCUCCGGGAGAUUGCGACAAACCGCAGCGUCGUCAUGAGCGCCGAGCAGUUUGAGAAGCUCUAUCUCUCGCCGCACAACAAGGUCAAGGGCGAGCUGCGCCAGACCUACGGCAACCCGACGCCCAUGGCCCUCAUUGGCUUCCUUCUCUGUCUCCAGCCGCUGUCUUGCACCUUCAUGGGCUGGCGUGGGGCCAGCAACUUUGCGGCGUCCAUCAUCCCCGCCUACUUCUUCCUCGGCGGUCUGCUCAUGUUUGUCAGCGGCCUCCUCGAGUGGGUGCUCGGCAACUCGUUUUCCUCCAUCGUCUUCUCCAGCGUCGGCUGCUUCUGGUUCACGUUUGGCGGCAUCCUCUGCCCCAGCUUUGGCACCUAUGGCUUCUACGCAAAGGACGGUGAGCCGCUGCAGUCGGGCCUGGCCGACCCUGGCUUCAACGCCAGCCUCGGCUUCUUCCUCGCGUCCUUUGGCCUCUACGCCCUCAUUCUGCUCGUGUGCUCCCUGCGCACCAACGCUGUCUUUGUCCUCAUCUUCCUGACGCUCGUCCCGGCCUUCUCCUGUCUCGGUGCCGCCUUCUGGUACAUGGCCGAGGACAUUUCUGGCACGACUGCGACCGUAACGACGCUGUUCCAGGCGGGUGGUGCCAUCCUCUUUGUUACCUGUGCAUGUGGAUGGUACAUUCUGCUUGCCAUCAUGCUUGCCAUUGUCGACUUCCCCUUGCAGCUGCCGGUGGGCGACCUGUCCACAGUCAUCAAGGGCCGCUCCGAGCGUGUUUAG